GCAAGCGGCAGAGCCCUUCUGGACAGCUCCCGCUCACCCAAACAGAAGACGUCGGCGCCAGAGUGGGCUCGGACAUGGCGAGGCAGCGCGCCCGCACAAGCGGCGGGGCCCGGUGAUCCCUCCCUCCUUCCCUACCCCCUCCCCUCUCCCGCACGCACGCCCUGUCCGCCCCCACCCCACCCCCACCCCGGGCGCGCCCGCCCGCCCGCAGCCCGGGGCACACACCCGCACGCACGCCCCAGCACACACUCCCGCACUCGCACGCCCGCCCCCCCCGGAGCCCCGUGGCCGAACCACGCCACGCGUGCCUAGCCAGCCCGCCGGCAGCCCCCGCCGCUCCCACCGCCCCCGGGCCCCGAUGGACUGAAUGAAGGCUGCCUACACCGCCUAUCGAUGCCUCACCAAAGACCUAGAAGGCUGCGCCAUGAACCCGGAGCUGACAAUGGAAAGUCUGGGCACUUUGCACGGGCCGGUCGGCGGCGGCAGCGGCGGGGGCGGCGGCGGGGGCGGCGGGGGCGGGGGCGGGGGCCCGGGCCAUGAGCAGGAGCUGCUGGCCAGCCCCAGCCCCCACCACGCGGGCCGCGGCGCUGCUGGCUCGCUGCGUGGCCCGCCGCCGCCGCCAACCGCGCAUCAGGAGCUGGGCACCGCGGCGGCGGCGGCAGCCGCGGCGUCGCGCUCGGCCAUGGUCACCAGUAUGGCCUCGAUCCUGGACGGCAGCGACUACCGGCCUGAGCUCUCCAUCCCGCUGCACCACGCCAUGAGUAUGUCCUGCGACUCGUCCCCGCCAGGCAUGGGCAUGAGCAACACCUACACCACGCUGACGCCGCUCCAGCCGCUGCCACCCAUCUCCACGGUGUCAGACAAGUUCCACCACCCGCACCCUCACCACCACCCUCACCACCACCAUCACCACCACCAUCACCAUCAGCGUCUGUCGGGCAACGUCAGUGGCAGCUUCACCCUCAUGCGCGACGAGCGCGGGCUUCCGUCCAUGAACAACCUUUACAGCCCUUACAAGGAGAUGCCUAGUAUGAGCCAGAGCCUGUCUCCGCUGGCUGCCACCCCGCUGGGCAACGGACUGGGUGGCCUUCACAACGCUCAGCAGAGCCUGCCCAACUAUGGUCCGCCGGGCCACGACAAAAUGCUCAGCCCCAAUUUCGACGCGCACCACACUGCCAUGCUGACCCGCGGUGAGCAACACCUGUCCCGAGGCCUGGGCACCCCGCCUGCGGCCAUGAUGUCUCACCUCAAUGGCUUGCACCACCCGGGCCACACUCAGUCCCAUGGGCCAGUGCUGGCUCCUAGCCGCGAGCGGCCCCCGUCGUCCUCCUCGGGUUCGCAGGUGGCCACGUCGGGACAGCUGGAGGAGAUCAACACCAAAGAGGUGGCCCAGCGUAUCACCGCCGAGCUGAAGCGCUACAGCAUCCCACAGGCGAUCUUCGCACAGAGGGUUCUAUGCCGCUCUCAGGGGACUCUCUCCGACCUGCUCCGGAAUCCCAAACCCUGGAGUAAACUCAAAUCUGGCAGGGAGACCUUCCGCAGGAUGUGGAAGUGGCUGCAGGAGCCCGAGUUCCAGCGCAUGUCUGCCUUACGCCUGGCAGCGUGCAAGCGCAAAGAGCAAGAACCUAACAAAGACAGGAACAACUCCCAGAAGAAAUCCCGCCUGGUGUUCACGGACCUCCAACGCCGGACGCUCUUCGCCAUCUUCAAGGAGAACAAGCGCCCUUCGAAAGAAAUGCAGAUCACCAUCUCCCAGCAACUCGGGCUGGAGCUGACCACUGUUAGUAACUUCUUCAUGAACGCCCGGCGCCGCAGCCUGGAGAAAUGGCAAGAUGACCUAAGUGCGGGGGGCUCCUCUUCCACCUCCAACACUUGUACCAAAGCAUGAUCCAAGGACUCUCACCUGGGCACAAGUCACCUCCCAAUGAGGACAACAGAUACCAAAAAGUAAAUCAAUAAAAACCAAAAACAGACAAACAAACAAAAAACCAAAAAAAAAAAAAAAAUCACAAAGACAUCCGAUUCUUAGCUGGGGCCCUUCACUGGUGACUUGAAAGCACAAUUCUCCUGAAACUUCUAUUCUAGCUGUAAUCAUAGGCCAGGUGUUCAUUUUGUUUUGCUUUGUUUUAAAUGGCUACAGAGUCCAAGUGCACGCUGAAAAUUAAUCUCUUUGAACCAGACACUAUCCUCUGAGCAUGCUAGGCAUCCCAGAGAUCCAAAUGGGGCCUUCUUGGAGGGAGUUAAUUACAUCAGGGUGUCCACCAAGCUCAGUAUUGAUGUAAGCAUCAACAGUCUCCCAUUCAGGCCCAGUCAACCUCUUGUCUCUGUUGCCCAUGAGCAAUAGUGGGAAUUUGGCCUGAGUCAAGACACAGCUUAGGAUUCCAAGACACUACAUCAUGAAAAGAAUUAACAACAAGAAAGACCUCAUUUGCCUCCCAAGUGCUUAGCUUCUUUAUAUCACAAUACACAAAAGUUCUCAGCCAUAACAUUACAAAAAAAAUAAAUCAGAAUGGUAAUUACUGAGCACAAGUUUUAAAUAUGAAAAUCAAUAAAAAUCCAAGGACCUGUUUUUUCCAACUCAGGCAUCUUUUCACUGGAUAGUUUAGAAAGCAUUAGGUUGAUUUCAGUUUACAAUUUUUCUUUUCCUUACCUCCUGGAAAUCUCAUGUGGUCUUCUGGAUCCGUCGAGGGGGGGAAAAGUCAGUUCACUUGAGCUCAAAGUAUCAAGCACAACAAAGAUAAAACAGAAAUAAGGAAGGUUCUGGUUUCAAUGCAUCCAGCUUGGCAAGGCGGUCUACAUCCGUCUUCACCGUUGUGAAGUCAUUAGGGAAUCAUUGGGAAUAUGGCUUCAAGCACAUUUUGCAGUUUGUUACAAAUUCUGUUUGUAUAUAACGCAGAUGCACACUCAGGAGGCCAAUUUUAACUGUUACAGUACAGGAGCAAAUACAUCGUUUAAGAAGAUCUAGAUUUUUUUUAGAUCAUUGCCAUGUCCUUGAUUUACCAGUCUACCCAGUUCCUCUUAUGUGUGUUCCGACUACCACGCGGUUCAUUCUCAUCCUUGCUGAUUUGUGUUGUCCCUGCCUAUUCCCAUUGGUGGGGAUGUUUCUAUUGUUUUCUAGAAAGAAACAGUUUAAUAAGCCACAUCCUGUCGCCUCUUCCUAAAUCUCUUCUGUUGUUGACUCAUCCUUGUGAAACAGCCGACUGAAUCUGGAGAGAACACAGCACACCAAAGAAGCAGAAUACUGCAAACCAAAGACAUUUAUUACCUGCCAUUUUCUAGCCUACAAAUACUGUGAUUACUUUUAGAGAUCAGAACACCUCUGUAACUCCUAGUGGCAUGCGGCUCUUGUCUUGGGCUCACCCUCUGGCUGAGCAACCAGCGAUACCAAUGACAUUCACCAAGCAUCCAGGCAGUGGAUUCGCCACGCCAGCCCUGGUUGUCUCUUUUCCAUAGCGAGUGGAAGAGGGCCCACAGAACUCUGGGAGAUUACAAAGGUCACUAUGUGCAUAUUUACCAGUGAAUGGCCCCAGGUGGGCACCGUGGGGUGUUCAAAGCAAGCCAAACGCUGCAAUGAUUCUUUACAGACACUUGAGACUGACUUUUGUAUGAAUUACUUAUUGAAACCAAAGAAACUUUUUCUGCACCUACUUCUGCAACAAACGGAACUGUCCCAUUAAUUGAGUAAAUGAUUCCAUCAAUCACUGGAAAUCACCAACAAGAAAAGCACGCUAGAAUAAAAACAAAACAAAACAAAAAAACACCGAAGACGCACUGUGUUCAAACAGACCUCUUGGGACAUUUUUUUUUUUUUUUUUUUUUUUUUGGAAGCAGAUUUGAAAGAAAGGGUUGAGACAAGAAUCAAAACACAGGAGAGCCUCAGUGGCUGCUGCUUCAUUUGACAACUCACUCGGUAAUCUUAAAGUUGAAGAUUGUCUUUAAUUUGUGCCUAUGCAGUUUUUCAAAAGAACAUGGAACAGAGCAACAGAAACCUCAACAGCUACAAUACCAAAGAUGAGGAUUCUCACACCUUUUGUCUCAGUUCAUUACCUUCUUUUGCCUGGCUAAAAUACUUAUAGCGUCAUUGAUCUGUACAAAGGUAAUUGAUUUUGUUUCUCUAAGCAACAAAAGGAAAGGGUCAUUCGUUUGAUUUGAUUGCCUCCCUUUAGUUUUUGCUUUAUGGCUUUUUAGUCAACAUGGAAUCCCCCCCCCCCCGCAAAGUUUCCAUGGACCCCAAAUUUGAGAUGUUGGGAUACUGAAUGAUGUUCCCCUCUCUCUUCAGCAGAGUAUGGGAAAUACUACUGUUUCUUGAAUGUUCAUUGCUUCUAUGUUCAGAGUCUCAUCAUUAGGGGAGGGAAGGGAAGCAAGGGUCAGGGGUAGGAGUCUGGGUGAUAGGUCCUCUCCAGAGCCACAGAACCAAAGAAUUUAUGGAGAAAUUUACAACCUCAUCUUCAUGUGACUGCCACAUAGUAACAGGGCUUCAUUUGGGGGUGGGGAAACAUGUAAAAAGAAUUGCCAGUUUCUACUUUUCUAUUAGCUUUUUAAAAAAAAUCAGCUGUAAAGUUGCAUUUCUAAAGAAAGAUAUAAAUAUAUAUAUAUAUUAAAUGUAUGAGUACAUAUAUAAACCAACCUGCAUUGGUGAUAACCCCAAAAUUUUGCUGUCCAAUUUCAUUCCAUCUUUUUGUCAUAGGCUCCAUUCACUGAGUGUUCAGUUCAUAGCUAUUGUCAUUUUCCAUGCCAUUCCAGAGUUAAUUUGCCACUGUGGUUGUCUGGCAGUAUUCAUAUUUCUAUGUCAACUUAUGGGAAAGGGUGAAAGUCAUGUUUACGUGUUUCUACAUGUAACUUGUUGAUGAAUGGAUUCAUGAUAUAAAUGAGUUUUAGUUGUAUUUAGUCAUCUCUAUUCUAUGCCUCAACCAUGAUAAGCAAGGUUUCUCUACCAGAUUAGCUCAGAGCUACUGCUGCUGCUAGCAGUGAGGAAUUCAUCUUCUCUCAUUGCUGGGAAUGCUUAGUGGUCCAUUCCCAUCCUCUGUGGAGUAGAACACCCAGAAAUCCACUUUCCCGUAGAUGCCCUAUCCAUCAGAGUAGUCUAGAUUCUUCUAAGUGAGCAGACCCACCAGGGACUUCUCAUGGGGAAGUCCAGCUCCCUUCGCAAUAGGUUGACCAGAUGUCCUCAGGGUAGUAAUUACCAAUCUGUAUUGAUAAGCUUGAAUGCAACCAUAGCUGCCACUGGGGUGGGACAGGGUUGUUGGGGGGACAUAGCUCAAUCCUGGAGAAAAGACACACAGCAGACUGUGGGGAGAGUCCCAGGUUCCUGUCCCUGGAGAGCCACAUCAUCGGUUGUCCCACUUCUGUACUUGCUCACUGUGGCUGUCCUAUAUACGGAGUAUCAUUUCUAGAGAAUGUGGCUCUGUGUGAUUUUUGUAAUCCAUCCUGCCUAGAGAAUUUUUUUUCACUUUUCCCUUGUUUCUCUCUGUCCCUUGCUUAUACUCCUUGGACCCUUGGUCAAAUGACCAAGAGAAAGGUAUAUUUUCCUCUGGAAAUUGCUCCCAUUUCAGCUUGGUCAGGUGAAUUUUAACUUGGGUAAACACUAAAUGAGUCCUUAAGGUGAAUUGUGGCCAACAGGAAUGGUGGUUCUGCUUCAAUACAGACUGAGGAACCAAGCAUCUUACUUUGGUUGGUGACUGACACUAAUUAACAGCAUUUGGGUCUCCACAUCCUUGAAGAUGAUGGCAUGAAGAUAAAAGGCAAGAAUUUCCCUCCAAGAACUCUUGGUAAAUGUCUCACAUAUCUCAGAUCAUAUUAAAGAGAAUGCUUGCUUUAAAAAUGUUACACACACACACACACACACACACACACACACACACACACACACACACAUAUAUGUAUAUGUGUCUGUACACAUAUGCCUCAAAAUUUUAAGCCGUACAAAGUUUCAUUUUGCUAGAUAGGUGAAAGGAAAAAAGUACUAUACUGAAAAGUUAUAGAAUUUAAUCCAGUGUGUUUUUUUUUCCCCAAAGCCUUUAAAUUUUUAUUUUAAAUUAAUAGUUUCAGAAAAAUAACUAUUUGGACUUGGAGAUAGCCUAUAAUCCACAUCCUCAAUCCAAGAAAAGUUCCAGCCUGCCUCAGCCAUCAGCAACAACUGGACACUGUGAAGUAAUAGCUCACAACCCAAUUUCACAUUCUUGGGGUGACAGAAAUCCAAAUGCUCAAAGCUACUGAGUCAAAGGUGUUUUUCUUUAAGCCUUUGCAUAGCUAAGCUUUUUGUUUUGUUUUGUUUUCAGUGUGAUUUUAAUAAUGGAGAUUCAAUUCCUUCAUUCCCAGAAUUCUUUUAAAGGGGAGCCAAUAAAUUUCUUUUUUUAAAGGACAACAACAACAAUAAUAAAAAUUCGAUUCUAGUAUUUAAAAGAUUUUCCCAUAAUGUUAUAGAGCAUUUGGUUUGUGCCACAUAGUGGUACAGGCUAGUCUGAGCCAGGAAGGAAAGAUCAGGCUUGCAUACACAACUCCUGUUUUUCCAAAGGCUCUUGGCAGCUUUGGCUUUGGAAAUCCAAACUCAAUGUCACUUCAAGAUAAAGCAAAAUGAAAACUAGGUAGUUAAACCUACUAGACUCACACACACACACACACACACACACACACACACACACACACACACACACACUCACACACACACACUUCCCUAAGGCAAGCAGUUAGUUCCAAAGCCAAAUAUUAAUAACUUAAUUUUAAAUAAGCAAACACUGUCUAUGCUGGGCAUCCAUGUUUUAGUGCCAGUACAUCAAAAUUGAGCAGAUUUUUAAACAAACAGCCAUUAUUUAGUAGAUACAGAGAGGAACUGUCCCAUUAAUAAUAAAAAAAAAGUCUAGGGAUAUGUCUGUUAGCUUGAUACUAUCAAAAUAUCAUGGAAAUACACUUUUGGAGGAAAUGGGUCUUCAGGAGCUUGUCUAAUUGGAAUUUUUCAAAAUCUACAAACAGACUAAGGUCUCACACACACACACACACAAACACACACACACACACACACACACACACACACACACACACACACACUCACACACACACACUUCCCUAAGGCAAGCAGUUAGUUCCAAAGCCAAAUAUUAAUAACUUAAUUUUAAAUAAGCAAACACUGUCUAUGCUGGGCAUCCAUGUUUUAGUGCCAGUACAUCAAAAUUGAGCAGAUUUUUAAACAAACAGCCAUUAUUUAGUAGAUACAGAGAGGAACUGUCCCAUUAAUAAUAAAAAAAAAGUCUAGGGAUAUGUCUGUUAGCUUGAUACUAUCAAAAUAUCAUGGAAAUACACUUUUGGAGGAAAUGGGUCUUCAGGAGCUUGUCUAAUUGGAAUUUUUCAAAAUCUACAAACAGACUAAGGUCCAAGAUUGUUAGAGAAUAAUAGAGUCUAUUGAAAACUGGGGAAAGUAGAUAGCAGCUGUGGUUAGUUAAUGUUGACCACAUGGCCCAGACACUACUUUGACAGUACCUCUUGUAGAUUCCUACCCAAUCAGAGCUGACAUUUUACUGUCCUGUUGAUGCUCUGAUUCAAACUUGCUGGCCUAACCAAGUGAGUGGAAAGCAGAUGAAGGGAUAGAGCCUUUCUGAUGGUUGUUUGCAAAGCUGGACAGCUCAACAGUUCUCUGCAGUUUAGCCAACCAGAGAGUCCAGUUGUAAAAUAAGCCAAAGUAAAUCCCCACUUAAGAGCAGUAUCCUACCCAGGUAGUUGCUUGAACUAUGGAUGCCCUAAUUCCUAAUUUCUAUCUACACUUUGUUUCUUUGCAAGGUAGGGGGCAAGGGUAGGUGGUUGAUUGGUUUGUUUUAGAAAGUCCCAAGUACUUGUGAAACAAAAAAAUUACGUUCUUAAAAUAACAUAGGAUCUCAUAUACAUAGAUACAAAACUUUUCAUUAAGGCCCAUGGGUUAUGCUGGGAGUCCACAGGACCUUAAGCAUUCAUCAACCUCAAUUACCCAAGUAACUAACAGUCAUAGGAAAGUGAAAGGUCUAGGUCUAGAGCCCAGGCUCUACCUCUGUGGACUUUCAGUUAGGUUGAUUGACAUUAACCAGUUUAUACUUUUUAGUGGAGAAAAAUGUAUGUAAGAAAAAAAAAUAUCACCAUAGGCUUGGUCAUUCCAUGGGAAUUUUCCAUUUGGUUCCAUUUUUAGCAAUGGGAAUUUUAUAUGGCAUAGACCUUGGUAGAUAAGUUUGCCUGACACUUAUACUGUCUGUGGGCUUGGAUGUAUACAGAUCUAGAUACAUAUUUCAACAUAGAUCCUCAUAAUUAACUUUACAUCCACAUACAUUGCCUAGAGGUGUCUAGAUGUGUACAUGCAAGUGUGUACAGACACGCUUAAUACAUAUAUAUAUUGUAAUCUGUUACAAUAAAUUUCAAAUCAUCAUGCGACAUGUAUAUGAUACUUUGACAAUGUACCUUGUCUUAUUAUUUAUUGUAAUGCUGAAAACCAAAGUGCAAAAAUGUAAGCAAAAGUAUCCAACAUCAUCAUUCAUCAUGAUACUUGAAAUUACUUUCAUUUGGGUCCAGCAAGGACAAACAACUCAUAAUGGAACAUUAGAUAUUAUUUAAUUAUCUGUGUUAGAUGUUUGAUGACUUUGGUUGAAUAGCUUUAUUCUGAGUCUUUCGUAACUAAAGCUAAAUCCAAAGACCUGAAAAAGAACAAAAAAGGGGUUGGAGGACUCAGAGUCAAGUCAAAUCAAUGGCAGACAGUGGGCUCUGGUUUCCAUGGUUGAAACAGUGGUGGUAUGAGCAUGUGGAGAUUAACUAAUUGGGAUGGUGAUUUUUUUCCUCAUGUUUGUCCCAUCAAAGUGAUCUGUAAUGUGAUAAAGCUUUAGAAGUCAUACUUUGCUGCUUUAUUUUGACUUAGAAUAUAGAAAGAAAUGACCCAUUUUGUCCAUCAAAAGGAAAAAAAAUGAAGACAGCCCAUCCUCCACCCCUCAGCUAUAUUUUCACGUGUCUCUUUCAACUGUGACCCAACAAGCUGUUAAUAUAAUUAAUUUAUUUAAAUUAGUUUCUUGUAUACUAGCAUGUAGGAUUUGGGUAAUUAUUUAAUUCUCUUUCCUUAGUUCGAUUUUACUCCUUGUUCUUAUUUAUCAAGACAUAGAGCAGCCGAUGCAUCUGAGAUGCAAAACCUUAGCUGUCCUCCUCUAGUGGAGUCUGCUUCAUAAAGCAGUGAACUUCUGUUACAGACAGGGAAGAAACAUAGGUUACAAGGAAAAUGAAAAACAAUCUGGGGGCAUUUCCCCUUGCUGGAUUAACUUUUGAAAUGGUUUAAUGGUUAUUUAAUUAUUUAAUUUAAGUUCACAGUGCCACUGGGUGCCAGGUGAACUUCACCUCUUAAUUACCGGGGCCCUCAGAGCCUUUCUAUGGUAACUUAUUUAUUUAACUUAUUCGGCAUCUGUGACAGAUGCGCUGUAUAGUUUGUGUUUGUUAUUUAAAACAACAGAGAGCGAGCACUGCGGUCUGUUUGCUGUCAGAACAACAGAGCAGAUGUGUGGACAAGCAGUGACCUGCUCAGCUUGAACCUGCUUCAGAACCCUCGAGCUGAGAUCCAACUUCACCAGCCCGGAUUUCGGGGCUUCUAUAUGGAAACUGGAAAAAUAAAUUUAAAAAAAAAUCAUAAACCAAAAAGAGAGAACCCUUACACUAGCUGCUUCCAAGAAAGAACUCAGUGUGCGUGUAAAGCAACAAAACAAAAAGGGAAAAAAAAAAGCAGAAAAAAAAAAGGAAAAAACGGAAAAACUUUCUAUUUGUAGUGAGAACCAAAGAAGGCUACCUCACUGACUUUUUCCAUUUGUAAUUUUAAUCGUGUUGAUGACACCAAAGAUACCAAAGAUUCCUUUCUCUGUGCGGUCUGCAUUUUGCUUGUGCUCUUUUAUGAUUUGAACUCUUCUUUCUGACAUAUGGUAUGUACAGCCACAGCUCAGACACCCCAAAGAAACAAUGAUGUACACGAAGGGGGCUGCUAACCUGGAGAGGGAUAUUUUCUGUGUCUCCGGCCUUUGCCUGCUACUCUCCCCCCACUCCCACCUGCUACAUGUUCAGGAGGCAAGUCGGGAUGCUGCUGUCAUUGGAUUCUUUAAAGUUCCCGUUCCAAUUUGGUGAAGAAGACUGCUUGGAGGUGGUGGCCUACGGGCCUAGUUGUGACCUCUGUUUCCUGGAGCUGUCACAGGGAAAAGUGCCGACCGAGCUAAUGCAACUACAGAAAUAAGCACUGGCUGGGAGAGCUGGAAGGGACUUUAGAACACAUCCAGUCACCACUGCCCACCCUACCAUGGCCAGGUUGAAGUAGUUAUCUAAGUCCAGUAACCCCAGAGCCAAAGCCAACCCAUGCUUCCUGGCUCCAGGUCCUAUGUGCUGCCUCUUCUGUGGUGCUCUGCAGGCUCUCCCUGACAUUGGUCACACGCUGUCAAGUCGGAAAGUAGUCAUUCUUUAAUACUUUCAUCCUCUAAGAAUACUAUUCAGGUACCUACACCUUAGAUGAUAUAUCCAGAGUCAUAUAUGAUCUGUUGCUUAGUAACGUGGCCAGUCUUGAACUUCCAGGGUUCACUCAGGGUGUCUGCCCUGGGAAGCAUAUGGACCCAGAUAGUAAGAUGACUUUUGAACCCACCCAUUACAAAAUUUUGAAUAAAUAAGCUUGUAAUCAGUGGAAGGAGAAAGCACAAUCUCGACCCACUGAGUUUAAUGGCUAUGGCUAUUCUGAAGUCAAUAUUUAUCAAGCAAGGGAACUUGAUUACCAUUUUCGGUAGGAUAUUUUAGCUGUCAGCUUUUUUGUUUGUUCACUUUUUUCCUUUUACUGGAAAGUGUUCCCAUUACACUUCUAAAUUAAUUUUAUUUAUAAGUUAAAUAUAAGCCUUACAUUGUUUGAUACUAAGAUGUAUCAAACAUCAAUGAAAAAUAUCCCGGUAUCAGAAGAAUGGAUCUACUAGUUUAAAUAACGGUUACUUAAAGUUACUUCUCUCCUUUUUUCCUUAUCAAAACUUAAUUGGUCUCCUUUAAGUUUCUUUAGAUUCUAUUAAACGACUAAAUCACUGUUAAGAUCAUUCACCAAUGUGACUGAAACGUUAGCCAGUGAAUCUUUUUCAGCUUUUGGGAUUUAGGUACAUACCAAUUCCUAUCUCUAGUCCACAGAGCUCUUUAUUGAAUACUGUGAUUUUACAUGUCACAUAAUAGUUAUCACUGAGCUUUUAAAGAGACUAUUAGAUAAAGCUAAGAAGGGAAGAUCAAUUAACUCUUCAGUUCCAUACACCAACAGAGUAUAGCUGAUAAAAGAAUUUAAAACAGACGUAUACACUAUGAAACACAUAGCCUUUCUCUUUCUCCUUCUUCUUCUUUUUAAAGACAGGGUCUCAUGUGGUCCAAGCUAGCCUUAAACUAAUUGCAUAGAUAAGGAUGGCUUGAAACUUCCAAUUCUCCUGCCUCUGUGUCCCUAGUUGUGGGACUGCAGUUGUGAACCACCACCAUGUCCGGCCAGUUGUCUUUUUUCUGAAGUUUGCAAGCUCCAUCCUGGUAUAUGUGGAAAUCCUUUCCCACCUAGAUAGAGACUAAGAUUCCAAGGUCUCCGUAUACAAGGCAAACCUGCCAGGCCUUCUUUCCAAGCAGCCUAUCACCAAAUUCCUAGUGGAAGCAAACUUUCUCAGAAAUACCUGGGAGACAACAAAUUCACUAAGCAUUGGAGUAGUUGUUCCCUGUAAGCAACAUCGCCUUCCCCAGCCUUCCUACCACUGAGCCCCUAGGACAGAGAACCUAGAAAGAGCAAUGGCAGCCGGAACACAGAAAACAUCUCAAUUGCCAGACCCUCCCUCUUCGGCGACCCCCCUCACCCCCACCCCGACCCCAGCCUCAUGCUUCACUUGCAAAGUGUGACAUAACCACAAGGGACGAGUGCCUUGCUUGAACCAAAGCAACGAUUUAGCCAGUCUGGACCUCUCUGUGCUUUUUUUAAUCCUUCCUGUGAAUACCUCAGCUGCAACCGGGCCUCCACACCAGUAAAUUGGUGGGCUUACCGUACUGCGGUGCUUUGCAAUGCAACCCUGCAAAGAACAAGAUUUGUACUAAUACCAAAGCUUCUUUCUCGACGUCUCUUCCUUCUGCCUCCCUGUCGUCCCCCUUUUCUAGUCCCUCACGGUUCCAAAGCUUUAAUAUGAACCUGGGCAUGUUGGCAAUGCAGACCGCGUAAUUCCUUACCGAAUUUUCUCAGAUAUACCUCAUAGAUAAUAGUGUUUAGAGUAAUGUUAUUAUAGCGUAUGUAAUAAAUUAUUCACUGUUUUCUUUUGGUAACUGUGAUUUAAAAAAAGAAAAAAAGAGAAAAAAAAGCUUUAUACAGUUUAGGUUGUGCUUUUGUAAUAGAUGACAAUGUGCGCUUAAAAAGGAAAUGUAUGUGCUUUUUAUUUUUCUUCCCCCCACCCCUUUGGAUUUUAUUUAUUCUGGAUUGGGGAAAGACGCAGAAUGAGCCCAAAGUUUACAGUUUCAUAUUUUGCUGAAGAAACAAUCUGUGUUCAUUUGCUUUGUUGAAAAAAAAAGUUAUUUUCUACAUUUGUGCUAAUUGUUCUGUGUUAACAGUGUAGUAUUAUAAUUAGCAACUGCCAAUCAGUGCUAUAAUUUUAUGCAUGAGGCUAAAAAUUUAGCAGUGUGAUGCAUUGUGGUCUUACUAGCAACAUUUUUCAUUUUGUACUAGAUCUUCCCCUUUGGUUCAAUGGACAUUAUUUAUGCAUGGGCGUCUCUCAUUUGUUAGCAGUCGUGAACAGUUGUGUAUACAUUAAACUGUGAAAAAUGUACACAGUUUGGCCUCAGACAGUGAUAAUACUGGUUUUCUUGGGAGAUGAAAAUACCUUUACAUCUGUUGGGAUUUCAAAAUGAGUCAGAUUAAAUCAGGCUUGAAUUUUAUAAUGAGAAAGGUCAUCCAAGUUGGAGUUCACUUACUUGACCCCCACAAAUUGGGACCCUCAUAACCCAGAUAGAUCACUAUAUCUAAGAGAGUUGAAAAUGAGCAGUAGAGAGCAACUCACCUCUGCAUUUUUAAUUUCCACUAAAAGGAGUUUUAGCUUUAUGUUCAUGACCUCAGACCUAUUGGGCCAUGUAUACAACAAUGCUAAUUCAUCUAGGUCUCUCUUUCCCGGAUUUUCCCGUGGGGACUGGCUUCUUCUAGGAUUCUGUCGUCAGUUCCCAGUAGAAAUGCAUGUAGCGUCCAUAUCAGUAAUUCAUCCCUGGCCUUUUGAUACACUCUCAUGGAUAACCCCACCAGUUAUUUGGACAAGAAUAUAUGGCCAUUCCCUAAACGUUCCCUCAUGUGGCCCUGUCAUUUUUUCUCCUUAAGGUCAGAAAUGACUCUAGAUUCCUUUUUACAAAGUUAUACCUAUAUUCUAAAGGGGAGUAUAAGAAUUUUAAGAACCAAUUUAGGAAAACCAUCUUGGUUUGAAUUCCCCAGUCUUUGAGGUCUCUCUAGCUCAAAAAUUAUUUUUCAGUCCCAGUGGAUUGGGCAAACAUAUUCUUAUAUUUGGGUUCUGAGAUCCAUUCUUGAGUUUCAUACCUAUUUCCUACACCAGUAUGCUCCCCAUAAAGCCAAAUCAACUGCCAAGUUCCGCAGUUCUGCAGGAGAGAACGAAGAUAAGGAAACAAUGGUGGGAACACAGCAGUCUGCCGUGCAGAAUAUUGGAAAUCACCAACAGACAGCAGAACGUUGCAUGUGUGUCUGUCAGUGAGUAUGUUGGAGAUGUUCUUUCACUGAUGCAAAGGAACGGCCUUAUAAGUGGGUUGUGAUGAUGAAAGCUUUGUAAUGUAGUCUUUUUGUUUGUUUGUUUCCUUUUAUUAAUCUGCCAAAGAUGGGAAUGGAUACAAGAACUUUAAAAUCAGCUUUUGUAAGCCAGUUGUUGAUUGUAAUAGUGUUUAAUCUUCCAGAAAGCUUUACAUAUUCUUCUGCAAUAAGUCAAGUCACUAUUUGUUUCCCUAAGUUCUCUUCACACUCACAAGCCUGCAAACUGUUCCUUAUGAUGCAGAUGUAAUAAUAUCGUCAACGUUCUAAUGUAUUUUUGAUCCAAAGCAGACAAAGGGGUGUGUGAGACAUGAGCAUGCCUGGCCUUCUUUACUACAAGCAACACAGGGGUCUGGCUCAUUAGAAUUUGCCAAGAAGACUUGUCUUAUGAAAUUUGAGGUAUAUUUUGUUAUGCCGUUUUAUUUCCUUUUUUUUAAACUGUGGAAAGUGAUACGUUGAAUCAAGUAUAAGCUGAGUUUUCCAGACAACUGAAGUAGCUACAUUGUGAAUGUUAUUUUGUUAUUAAAGGGUUUUUACUCAA